AUGAAUGCUAAAGCUAAAAGACGAAGAUCUUCUUCGUUGAAAAAAGAAUUCAACAUGUUAAAAAAAGAAAUUCACGCUGAAACAAAAGAUGAAGUUGCCAAAACUCUGGAAACAAGUGAAAAGGAUUUGCAGGCUUAUAAUGAUUUAUUAAAUUCCAAAAUAAAAAAACUUUCGUUGGAAUUGUCAUCACACAACAAUUCUUCCCCCUCGGCUGAUAAUAAUGACAACGAUUCUGAUAGUUGUAGUAUUAAUAGUACCAACAGUAAUGAUGAUUUACCACCAGAAUGUAAAACUAUAAUGAAUAAUUGUGUUAAACAAGCAAAAGAAUUAGAAUUGUUAGAAUCGGAAAUUGAGAAAAGUAAAAAAGAUUUUUCAACUUUAUUAGAAAUUAAAGGACGAAUUGAACAUUCAUUGGAAAUAAAGGAAAAUGAAUAUUUGGAAAGAAUAAAGGAAUGUGAGGCGAUCACUGAGUCUCAAACCGGCAUGAUUGACUCGAUGGAAGGUUUAUUAAAGGAUCUUGUGGGCAAAAUGGAUCGCCUAAAAGAUGAAAAGGCAAGGCGUUUACUACCACAACGACCACAAUCGACCCUAAGCAAUUAUUAUUCACACGAUGCAGCAAGUAUACAGCGAUCAAAAUCAAGCCUAAACAACCAUUAUACAUACGAUCCAGCAAAGGUAUCGAAUUUACAACGAUCAAAAUCAAGCCUAAACAACCAUUAUACAUACGAUUCAGCAGCGACAUCAAAUAUACAACGAACAAAAUCAAGCCUAAGCAAUCAUUAUUUACACGAACCAACAAAGAUGUCAAAUGCACAACGAUCAAAAUCAAGCCUAAGCAAUCAUUCACUCGAUCCAACAAACACAUCAAAUAUGCAACGAUCAAAAUCAAGUUUAAGUAAUCAUUAUGUUAAUGAUACAACUAAAAAAUCAAGAACAAAAUCAAGUUUAAGUAAUAUAAACACUAAUAUAUUUGGCACCAUAAUGACAAGUUUGAAAAGAUCUCAAUCAAAAGAAAGUAAUUGUAAUUAUAGCAAUUAUAGUUCAUCGGAUGAGUAUAAUCCAUCUGAAUUAAUGCCAGCUCGUUGUAUAUCUCCACCUCGGUCAAGAAGACAGUCAUAUACAAAUCCAAUAUCAUUAUUCACAGAUGAAGAACGCGUUAAACAUCAAUCUCGUUUUGUUUUAGCAAAACGAUGGGUCGAAGAUGAUGAAGUAUCAGUGUGUCGACAUGCGGACUGUAAUACAAAAUUUAGUUUUUGGAAUAGAAAACAUCAUUGCAGAAGAUGUGGUGAUAUCUUUUGUUAUAAACAUAGUAACUAUUCAAUGUUACUGUUUGCUGAUGGAAAUGAGGAUUGGGGUGGUGUAUGGUCCAAAGUUUGUGAAGAAUGUUAUAAAGAUAAAGAUGAUAAAAAACAAUAA